UCAGCAACAUUAUCGACACAUCUAGCCAUUUGACAACAUUUGACACGAACCGAUCAAAAUUCUCAGUAAAAAUGGGCGAGACCACGGUCGUCCAAGGCGUCGGCAAGUGCCCCAAACUGCCCUGGAUGGUGGAAUUCCACUCAACCGCCGACGGAAAAAUCUUCAACAAUCAGCUGGACGCGGCGUUCGCGCCCACGUUUCUGGAACACUUGGCCCGCCUUCAGGAGAAAAGCCGCGUGCGGAGGAAGCGAUUGACCCAAUUUUCGGUCAUAAUCCCGCCCAGGAUUUCCAUCGAACACAUCGAGGAGUUCCUAAAGGCGGGAAUGACCGUCGCUUUGAUCCGAAUGGACUAUUUCACCGUGGACGAGAUCGAGGAGAUGGUGGCGAUGAUCAGGAACGUGGUGGACGACUUUGGCAAAAAAAUCGGACGGGUCUACCCCAUUGCCAUCGGCUUGGACGUCUCGGAACAGGAGAUCAAGACCGGGAAACUGCUCAAACCACUGAAAGAGAUUGAACUGGAAAAAGGGCAAACCACCAAAAUUGUGGCCAAGCCCGAGUUCGCCAACCGGGUCAGCAAGGAGUUUAUUUACGUCAAUUAUGAGAACAUUGCCGAUGUUGUCAAGCCUGGGGAUAGUCUGAUCAUCGGUGAUGAUAACAUUAGGAUGUCGGCGAUUGAAGUUGCCAGGGAUAUUAUCAAUUGUAUCAUCGAGAAAGCUGGGCUUUUAACCGACAAUCUCUCGGUUAAGUUACCCAACGUUCCCAUAACUUUACCCAAGACUGAAUCGCACGAAAAGUUGAUUCAAAUCAAGGAAAAAUGCGAAAUUGAUAUUGUUUUCGUGGGACCGUCUAAACUGGACAUGGUUAAAGAAACUUUAGGCCCCACUGUCCUCAUUAUCGCCAAACUUGAGUACGCGUCCUCUGUUGAUUUCUUCGACUCUUUGGUGAAAAAAUCCGAUGGUGUUAUAAUCGACGGCGAGAAACUUAUGGCAACGUCCAAAGAACGUGUUUUUUUGGUCCAAAAAUCAGUCAUUGCCAAUUGCAAUAAACUGGGCAAGCCUGUCCUAGCGGCGAUCAAUUGCCACGCAGUCACCAAAUCGAUAGUCAACGACAUUGCCAACACCGUAAUCGACGGAAUCGACGGCUUGUUGCUACCCCCAGACCCCGACUUAAUCGAGUCCAUUUCACUAAUUUGUAAAGCUGCAGAAGGUGCCGUUUACCAGAAACGCCUUUUCGAUGACCUGGUUAGUCUGAAACCGCCUCCCAUUGAACCAAUCAUCUCAAUAGCCAUAUCAGCCGUCGAAGCUUCGUUCAAAAGUAACGCGGCUGCGAUUAUUCUGAUUACGACGACGGGACGUUCGGCGAAAUUGAUUUCCUCCUUCAGGCCCAGGUGCCCAGUCAUCGCCCUGACCAGGUUCGGGCGCAUCGCCAAACAGCUCAUGAUCUACAAAGGCGUGAUCCCGAUUUUCUACGUCCAGAAGACGGGCGAUACGUUCAAGGAGAACGUGGAGAAGAGCAUCCAGCUGGGGAUGACGUUUGGCAAAGUGAACGGCUACAUCAGGAUGGGGGACGCGGUCGUGGUUGUGUUCGGGACGCGGAAUAACGUGGGGUUCAAGAACUGCAUGGAGGUGGUGUUCGCGUCUGAAUACGACACGAUUCCCGACGACGACGAAGACUUGUAGUAAUAAAUUGUUUUGAACUU